AUGAACAAUAAUAAUAAUAUUAACGAUCAACAAGGGUCUCUAAACAUGAUGAAACGACGGUGGUUGCAAGACCACCAAAAAAGACUCAUGUCGUCACAACAACAACCCUACAUCAACAUGCUCAUUUCUCCACUAGCAGCACCACCUCCAAUUCAUCAUCACAAUAAGUUUCUAAAAGAGGAAGAUAAUGAUGAUAUGGUAGCUGGAGUGAUUCCUGCGGUGACGGUUGUGGUGGAAGGUCGUUCAAUCUGCCACCGGAUCAGCCUUCAUAAUCAGGAUGGUUACAACAGCCUAGCCAAGGCUCUUCGUCACAUGCUGGUGGACGACGAUGAUGAUGGGGAAGAGCAAAGCGGAGGAGGAUAUGAUCUGUCGAACGCAAUACCAGGUCACAUCAUUGCUUAUGAAGACAUGGAAAAUGACCUUCUCCUUGCUGGUGAUCUUGAUUGGAAAGAUUUUACAAGGGUGGCGAGGAGAAUUCGAAUAAUUCCGGUAAAGGCAAAUUCAAGCAAUGGAAAAGGAUUUAAAUAG